AUGGCCUUUCUCGCGACGGCGUACCUGCUUGCUGGUGCAUCGAAGCUGCCCUUGAUACUGCUCUCCUCGCCUCCGCUGCGUCAAUGCUCGUCCUUGUUUCGGGCCGACGCGCAGCAGACCCUCAAGCCCAGCGCAAUCGAACGUGAGCUCCGCGAUCCAGUGCCCACCGUCUCCAAGAAGAGCAAGGGCACCGCGUCAGUGUCGUAUGCAAAGCAGAAUGAGAUCAAGCGACGUGGCUUUAACGCCAUAAUUCGGUGGUGUGCCUACCAUCAAGACAGGGAGUGGCUUGCUUUGACGCAUGCAGUUGAUACCACGGAGGAGAUUACUGACAUGGAUUCCAGUGUGCUGCGGUGGGUCCAGGAAAGCGUCGAAAACUUCUCCUGUGGUCAGUCCUUGAUUGUUCUGACCUUCUUGUGCGAUGUGCUUGAUCGCCAAAGGAACGAAGGGAGCGUGAAUGGCUCUACGGAAGCGUGGUCGAGUGAUUUUGUUAGAGGCUUGUGUCGCUGCAUCUCUCUCUUGGCUGCACGGUCGGCGAGCAGUGAGCAGCUGGAGAUUCAGCCGUUCUUGAUUCUUCUCUCCGCCGCUUACGGCUUACACCGUGUGACUCACGAUAACCCGCUGAGGCUGCCACCCGAAACUGUAGCGUCUCUCUCGCCCCCGCCGGCACUUUGGCUUGCCCUUGUGCACCAGGUGAAUCUGUUUUGUACGUCCACAGCAGCGGCACAGCCGAGCAUGCCGGAGAGCACCGCGAUUGAGGCCCUUCUCACGACGCUUCUUCUUUUCGAUCCAGCGCGGUGCCAGCAACUUCUACCCACCCCUGAUCGUUUUCUCAUGGCGGCAAUCGCAAAGCGCCUAGAUGCGUUGAUCACGCCUGCCUUGAGCGCGGCCCGACAGGAAAGGAAGUCGGCCGGCAUCGCAGCAGCGUCGGCAGACGCGUGCCUCAAUGCUGAGGUCGCCACAGAAUCCGGGUUACCACGUGGUGUCGACGGGAACCCGGCCGGGUCAGCCGCUGGGGUGUCAUUCUCUGUGUCUUCCAUGGGGGUGGCAAGUAGUAUAUGUCUGGCGGACUUCGCACGUAUCAUUUUGCACGCCCAUGCCGCACCGCCUACGUGUCGGGUGAACCUGAUGGAGUACCUGCUGUGCGUUCUGCGUCAUCCUUCCACCUUCACAGCUGAGGAGAGGCGCUACUUGCCUGCCAUCAUGUCCGCCGUGCGAAGUCGGAAUCUAUGUCGGCUGAGCUUGGUGCCGGAUUACAUUUUGAAAUUCUCGACCACCAUGGAAUUCGAUGUUCUCGCGGAGUUGCUGGGCUACGCGAAACGCACGUCCCAUUACCGUGAACGGAUUUACCAGAUGCUGUGCAAUCGCUUUCAGCGAGACGACGGCGCCGACGACUCGCCAGAGCCAAAGCUGGCCCCUCACGUAGCAGUGUCGCUGCUGCUGAGCGUCGGGCUGCAGUUGCCGUGGACGCUGUGUCGACCGCUCCUCUUGUGCAGCCUGGCAGCGGUGCCGGAGGUGCUGACCAAGAUGCAGACGACAGCGGGGGAGGGCGGAGCGAGCAGCGUUGCUGUGCAGAGUGCGGGGAAAUCCCCAUUCACGAAGGUGCCACUCUCACUCGACUUGUGUGCCAUCUUUUAUUUUUUAGCGAAGUACCAGCAGUCUCUGGAUUCUGGCGACCAUUCUGCAGAGGCGGCACCGGAGGCACGAGCCGAGAUACUUCAGAUGACCAGAGCGCUCGCCUGCUCUAUUGACUGGAAAGCGUGUACCGAGAAAAGCCUCGUCGAAUCGACCCGAAGUAAAGGGAACUACACGAUGAUCAGCGUCGCGACAAUGAGUGCGCUGAACGCGUACGUGGAUGGCCGUCUCACACAUCAAUACCUCUCAGACGACGAUGCACUAGAGGAGAAUGUGCUUUUCAACGUGUUCGUGCUCCCCAUCAUGAGGGCCCGGACCCAUCAGCGAAUCAAGAUCGAGUCGCUUCCUGUGCUGGCCAAGACCGUGAGGCUUUUGACGACGGAGGAGGCGAAGCGGUGCUUGGUAACGCACAUGAUCCGACUCACCGGUGAGGGAUCUCUCUACAACUUUUUCGCCUUUGUGCGCUUCGUUGCCCCUUUAGCCAUCGAGUUCAAGGCGGCCACGGCGGAGCACACGGCGCUUGUCUUUCGCCAGCGUACCCUGUCCAUCCGUGGAACAGCAGGGCACACCCUGCGGCGUGCGAACGCGCUAAAAGUGCACACCACAAUGCUCCUUCGCACCGUGCGCUACGUGCUCGCGAUCGGGGCCCUCGAUGGCGGUAACGCUACCACCAGCGCCGUCCGUCGCGAGACGGUUCGGGUUUGGUUUGAAAACUACCUGUAUCGUCUGGCAGCUGCGGAGAAGACCAGCAAAGACAGUCCGCUGGCGGCGGACAGUGUCACCGAGGCGGCAGCGCCUCCACAUCCCGGGGGGACAAGUGUUGGGGAGAACAGCGCAAAAGAAGUGCAGCCCACUGCAGAGGAGGAUGGCGCGCCCGCUGCUGACAGGACCAACGAGGACGACCCCGAGGACGGGGACGAUGCACCAGGGGAACAAAAGGUGGACGCUGACGGUGCAGAAAUUGCGCUCGACGCUGCCUUCACGACCCCUGUGACGGACGCGGACGUGGAAGAGGUAUUGAGCCUGAUGCUGCACGUGGGAUGUAGGCAGCCGUAUCGCGUGAUGCUUCCUAUUGCUCGCCGCAUGGCGGAGCGGACGUCGAUGAUAGCGGAGGACAGAGUAUCCUGGAGUUGGUGUACACCGGCCCCCGCGACGGCUGCGGAGGGGAACGCGAAGGUGAGCACGGCGACCCUCACCUGGGCUGAGCACGCCAUGAAUGGGGACUCCAUCGCCGCCGCAGAUGACCAGCACGAGUGCUCGGGGCUGCUCAGCGUGCCACCUCUUGCCGCGCACUUUGUCUGCUCCGUGCGCACUGACUCCUCCAUCGAGCUCCCCGCACUGUUUCCAGCCUUGCUGAGGGCUCUUCUUGCAAGCUGCGACAUCCGCAUCUUCCACCACGUCGUUUUCGCCUUUCUGGUAGCCGUCAAGAGACGUCGCACGGUGCCGGUCUUGAGUGAGGACCUCCAGAUCGGCGUCAUCGCCUUCGCCACCUUGCAGCGUCGCCUCGCCAUGGAGCAAACCGAGGACAGCCAGAAGCGAAGCGUCACGGUUUUGAAGUCGCUCGCCAGCUUCUUAAACCACCUCACCCUCGCGUUGCCUCACCUCCGUAUGGCGCAGCUGAAGCUCCUUGCGACCUACAUCCACCGCAGUGACGCCAGCGCCUGGAGAUCGAACGAACCGACUUUGACUCAGCUGGAGUGCGCGGCAAGUCUGUCCAUCGAGCCGGCGGGCGUUGCGCCGCAAGUCCACGUGGAACCAGACGACGAGGACGACGCCUCGGAUGAAAAGGAUGCCUUUGAGGGUCACAUAGCAGCCCACGCCAAGCUGGAGGCCUGCCUCCUCCGGCUCAUCCCAUAUCUCGGGGCAGUCGAGUUAAAGCAGCUCGGCCUCGCCCAUAUGCAGAGGCUCGCCGUCUUUUUCCCUCACGUGUCUGCGUUUGUGUUGCAGCAGCUGCAGCCGCAGCUGAGCGACUUCAGCCAGCGCGAGCUGCUGCAGCUGGUCGCGCAGUACCCUCCCGGGGCCGCUGAGGUGCUGAGGCUGCUUUCCACAACAGACAUGCAUGCCAGCGUCGAUCUCAACGACUACGUCACGAUCGCGAAGAGGCUGCCGAUGCAGAUUAGCGAGGCUAUUGUUUCGGCGCACCUGCCGCACAUGACCAUUGCCUGGGUCGCACGCGUGCUCUCCGCGCUUGCAGCGCGUCAUGAAGAAGUGCCUCUGCCGCUACUGCGGAGUUUGCUGGAUCGGGUAUCGGCGGUGGCCGAGGACACCAGUGAGUCAGACAAGAGCUUGCUCAUGAUGGUACUGCAGGGAUACCUCUUCUUCCGCACCGAUCGUGGCAGCCUGACGGAGCUGCGAUCCGAAAGGAAGCCAGCGACUGGAGAGAGCAGCGGCUUGGUUAUCGACGACCUGCUCUGGGCGUUGACGUCGACGACACGCAUAGUUGGGGAGGCAGAGCAGCACGAGCGUCGUGAACUCAUUCGCGCCUGCUGCGAUCGCCUUCUCUCUCUUGAGCACAUCUUCACCCUCGAGGAGCUGCGGAGUUUUCUCAUAUCCUAUCCGACCUCCCUGCACCAGAUGCGGGAGCAGGGUGUCGUGACGAAGGUCGAGCAGCAGCUCCUGCCCACCAUCCUGGCGACGACACCGCUCCAGUGGCGCAAGCUCGCGGCGCUAGUGCAUCUGCUCGCAGAGCACCGCGUCCUCCUGCCAUCCACCGUGAGUAUCAUUCUCGAGUCCGUCUUCACCGAGGCACAGCUCGCCAGUCUGCACGAGGCGGUCGUAAUGACCUCGGACAGCGAUAUCGUUUCCGCCUUGGCGGCAGUCCUGCGCAUUGCGACGAAGUGCGCGGAGACAACGGCACCAGGACAUUCGCCGUUCCCUCUUCUACGGGUCAUUGACCUGGUGCUGAGCGUCUUCGACGGCGUACAGCACUGGCUAGCAGUCGUCACAGAGCUGGCCAUGGCCACCACCUCGUCCCUGUCAGCGACGGAAGAGACAGCAAGCCGGCAUCUAUGCCGGAUGCUCCUGAACCGCAGCAGUGAUCUGAACCCGAGCGCGUUUGCGCGACUGGUGCAAAGCAUGAGCCGCUUGAAGGCGUGGGAUCUGAUGGCGACGAAGUCGAAACCAAGUCUAUCCGGCGCCUCCACUCCGGCCGUUGCUGCCGCAGACGAGAACCUCACCUUUGAAAGAACACUAGCGUUCUACUACGAGCGCGCCGACGCACACAGCCGCUGCGUUCUCCUCAAGGCCAUCGCCAUGGACACGGCCGUGCUGCGCCGCUUCGAGGCCGUCGUCUUCGCACCUAUUCAAGCCGAUAUCCCGCUGCUUCCGUCUGAGGACCUGGAACUUGUCCUCACCGCUGCGCUGCAGGUCAGCAACGAGGCGAUCGUGGAGCCCGUGUUGGACGCCAUCGACAGUCGCAUGCUGCCUAUACUUGAUCAGUGCCGUCGCAGCGCCAUCGUGCGUCUUGUGCAGUGCCACGCGCACUUCAACAUCAACGACGAGAGCGUCGUGACGGCAGCGCUUCAGGCUCUCGAGCGCCAGGCCAGCACCGAGGUGAAGCUUGACGUGCCUCAGCUGCUUAGCGUGCUACAGGCCGUCGCCAGCCUGACUGUGUCGCAGGUGCCGGAGCGACUUCUUGUUCUGUGCUUUCAACGGCUGGAAAAGAUGGCAGCGACGCUGACACCGCUUCAGCAGUAUCAGGUGGGUCGGCUAAUCCUCGACUUGGAGAUGGGCUACAGUAGUAGCGUGAGUGCGUUGGUGCUCCAUAUUCUGGACAGUCGAGAUGGCGCACGGGGACAUAAGCAGUUCCAGGCCAUGACAGAGGAGCUGUGUGACGCGUUCGAGGUUGAGCUGCCGACUCAGUUGCGUGCGUCUCGCCUGCGGAAGCUGAGGAGCAAGCAGCGUGUCAAGGAUUUUUGGUCUGCCCAACGCAAGGUGAAGCAGGAGGCCAUGCUGCAUCGCUGCUAG